UCUAGCUUAAUUGCUUCCCGGCCCAUACCUUGUUGCCUGCCUCCCCUCGGAUCUCUCCUUCAUGGACGCCGGGGACGCCGGCGACGGUCGCCGCGGCCGGCGGACGCCGAUGCACGUGGUGGUGUUCCCGUGGCUGGCGUUCGGCCACCUCAUCCCGUUCCUCGAGCUCGCCAAGCGGCUGGCGGCGCGGGGCCACGCCGCCGUCACCUACGUCUCCACGCCGCGGAACGUCUCGCGCCUGGCCCCCGACGUCCCGCCGGAGCUGUCCGCGACGCUCCGCCUCGUGUCGCUCCCGCUGCCGCGCGUCGACGGCCUGCCCGACGGCGCCGAGUCCACCACCGACGUGCCGAAGGACAAGGUGGGCCUGCUCAAGGCGGCGUUCGACGGCCUCGCCGCGCCCUUCGCCGCCUUCCUCGCCGACGCCUGCGCCGCCGGAGCUGAGGACGACGGCGAAGAGGCAGCUGGGUUUGGCAGGAAGCCCGACUGGAUCGUCGUUGAUUUCUUCCACCACUGGGUUCCACCCAUCGCCGAUGAACACAAGAUUCCAUGCGCCAAUUUCCUCUCGUUCUCGGCGUCUUUGCUCGCCUUCCAUGCCCAGAAAUCGCGAGCCGCCAACGCCGCCGACAGCGAGCACCCCCACACGGAGGCCGAGCACUUCAUGGCGCCCUCGCCGAGCGCGUCCGGCCACCUCCCGUCCGACCUUGCCUACCGGCGCCACGAGGCCAAGUUCGUCGCCGCCGCAUACCAGCCUGACUGCACCGGCAUCUCCAACGCCGAGCGCAUGAAGCUGCUGCUGCGGCGCUGCCCGAUCAGCUUCUUCCGCAGCUGCCCGGAGGCCGAGGGCCCGCCCUGCGAGCUCCUCACCGAGAUCUAUGGCCGUCGCUUCCUCCCCAUCGGCCUCCUCGCGCCCACUGUCCGGUCGAACGGCGGCGGCGGCGGCGAUCGCGACGAGGCCGCCGCCGACCUGAUGCGCUGGCUGGACGCGCAGCCCGAGAGGUCCGUGCUCUACGCCGCGCUGGGGACGGAGGCGCCGGUGACGACGGACAACGUGCGGGAGCUCGCCCGCGGGCUGGAGCUCUCCGGGCAGCGGUUCCUCUGGGCGCUCCGCGUGCGGGGCACCGGCGGCGACGACGCAGCAGCGACUCCGCCGACGGCGAGAGACGGGCUCCUGCCGGACGGGUUCGAGCGGCGGGUCGCCGGGCGCGGCGUGGUGUGCGCCGGGUGGGUGCCGCAGCUGCGCGUGCUGGCGCACCCGGCGGUGGGCGCGUUCCUGACGCACUGCGGGUGGGGCUCCACCGUGGAGAGCCUCCAGUUCGGGCACCCGCUGGUGAUGCUGCCGUUCGUCGGCGACCAGGGCAUCGUCGCGCAGGCCAUGGUGGCGAAGGGGGUCGGCGCCGAGGUGGCGAGGAACUACGACGACGCGUCGUUCCGCGGCGAGGACGUGGCGGCGGCGGUGCGGCGGGUGAUGGUGGGGGAGGAGGGGAAGGUGUUCGACCGAAACGCGAAGCAGCUGCGAACGGCCGCUCUGGACGAGGAGCGCCAAGGGCACUACAUCGACGAGAUCGUCGAGCACCUACGGGGCUACAAAUAUGGUGGUGGCGACUGAACAAUAUGAACCCUUCGAGUGAAUUGUGUUUGGAAUUUCGGAUUCCUUUUCGUAUCCAAGUUUUGAUUUGAAUCCUUUUAUGUUUUUUUUUUUAAACUUUGGAGUCUUUUUGUUGAAGCAGUUCCAAGAAUAAUUCCGAAAUUCGUCUGUUUGAUCGUGUCACUUCCACGUUCGCAAUCGUAUGGCUGUACCACUAGCUGUAUUGAUAUACCCAAGCUCGAGAAGGGGGUGAGGGUUCAAACUGAAGUAGAAGGAAG